ACUUUGAAGCACUGCGAGGCAGCGACUCCGGGUAAGAGAGAGAGAGAGAGAGCAGCCGCCUCAGGCCUCACAGCCCACAGCCCCCGCCUCAUUCGCUCCGCCGCUGGCGAUUGGUGAAGAGAGCUCCGAGGUGGUAUCCCUUGUAUCGCAUCGCAUAGAUUCCGGGCUCUACUCGUCGCGGUUCCGGCGAGGUCCGCCUAUCCGCGCCCCGCUCUGGAUCUCCGGUUGAUUUGUUGUUCUGCAAGGUGGUAUGGCACGAAACUUGACUGAGAACAGGACCAGAAAUACAUUAAUUGUGAUUGUGAUUUUGGGCCUCUGUUCCUUCUUCUAUCUCUUGGGUGCUUGGCAGAAAAGUGGUUCUGGAGGAGGAGACAAAACACAUCAGUGGGUCAUUGAGCAGAUGAAAUGUGCACAGCUCCCAAAUCUGAGUUUUGAGACCCAUCAUAGUGCAUCCAACCUUCCGAAUGAUACUGGUAGUUCCAAAAUUGAACCUUUCAAGCCAUGUGAUGAGCAGUACACUGAUUACACUCCUUGUGAGGAGCAAAAGCGUGCGAUGAGCUUCCCUAGAGAUAACAUGAUCUAUCGGGAGAGGCAUUGUCCACUGGAUAAGGAGAAGCUUCAUUGCCUGAUCCCAGCACCAAAGGGUUAUGUUACUCCUUUUCGAUGGCCAAAGAGCCGUGAUUUUGUUCCUUAUGCCAAUGUACCACACAAGAGCCUUACUGUUGAGAAGGCUAUCCAGAACUGGGUGCACUAUGAGGGCAAUGUUUUCAGGUUUCCUGGUGGUGGAACACAGUUUCCUCAGGGUGCAGAUAAAUAUAUAGACCAGCUUGCUUCUGUCAUCCCAAUAGCUGAAGGGAAAGUGAGAACUGCACUGGAUACUGGUUGUGGGGUUGCCAGUUUGGGUGCUUACCUGUUGAAGAAAAAUGUUUUGACCAUGUCAUUUGCACCACGGGAUAAUCAUGAGGCACAAGUACAGUUUGCAUUGGAGAGAGGUGUGCCUGCAUAUAUUGGUGUCCUUGGGUCAAUAAAGCUGCCAUUUCCAUCUCGUGUCUUUGACAUGGCCCAUUGCUCGAGAUGUUUAAUUCCAUGGAGUGGAAAUGAUGGUAUGUACAUGAUGGAAGUUGACAGAGUACUACGGCCUGGCGGAUAUUGGGUGCUGUCAGGCCCACCCAUAGGCUGGAAGAUUCACUAUAAGGGGUGGCAACGUUCAAAGGAAGAUCUUCGGAAUGAGCAAAGAAACAUAGAACAAUUCGCACAACUUCUUUGUUGGAAUAAGAUAUCAGAGAAGGAUGGUAUCGCCAUAUGGAGAAAGAGAUUGAAUGACAAGUCUUGCUCCAUGAAACAAGAUAAUCCAAAAGGUGGCAAAUGUGAUUUGACAAGUGACAGUGAUGUAUGGUACAAGAAGAUGGAAGUUUGUAUCACCCCCCUACCCGAGGUUAAUAGUGUAUCUGAGGUUGCCGGUGGUCAAUUAGAGCCUUUUCCUAAGAGGCUCUAUGCAGUACCUCCUCGUAUAACCCUUGGUUCUGUGCCUGGUUUCUCAGUUCAGUCAUAUGAAGAGGACAAUAACCUUUGGCAGAAACAUGUUAAGGCUUACAAGAAAACCAAUAACUUACUUGAUACUGGAAGAUAUCGCAAUAUAAUGGACAUGAAUGCUGGCCUCGGUAGCUUUGCUGCUGCACUAGAGUCCCCAAAGCUAUGGGUCAUGAAUGUCAUUCCAACAAUUGCAAAUACUUCCACUUUAGGUGUAAUCUACGAGCGUGGAUUAAUAGGAAUGUAUCAUGACUGGUGCGAAGGAUUUUCUACAUAUCCAAGGACAUAUGACCUCAUACAUUCUAAUGACAUCUUCAGUUUGUACCAGAACAAGUGUCAAUUUGAAGAUAUACUCCUGGAAAUGGACAGAAUCUUACGCCCAGAGGGUGCAGUCAUAAUUCGUGACAAGGUUGAUGUUCUUGUAAAAGUGGAGAAAAUAGCCAAUGCCAUGAGGUGGAAGACAAGAUUGGCUGAUCAUGAGGGUGGCCCUCAUGUACCUGAGAAGAUACUCUUCGUGGUCAAGCAAUACUGGGAUGUUUCAACAAGCAGCUAAUAUUGUUCAUAGUUUAUUUUUCUCCAGUCACACAGAUAACUUGGUCCCUGGAUGUGUUUAUUAAAAAAUUUCUGUCUAUAGGUUGAAAAUCAUCAGCCCAUGUUUGUUACUGAAAAUAUAAAACAAUCACCCUGGGGGAGAGUAAAUUAUGUGGGACCUAGUUAUGAACUUGUGAUUUGAUUAUUCCACUGGUGCCGUGAUGCAGAAGACAUGCCAAAAGGAUCAAUUGACCUUGUACUAGUGACUCAUAUCUGAUCAGACAGAUGCAACUGCUUAUAAUUGGAACCCUGCAGCAGUCCAUCAGGAAGUUAUGAACUAGCAGUGGAUUUACAGUUUUGUAUAGGACUCCUUUGCCUCUUCUCGCACUUUUUUUGUUGUUGUAUCUCAGAAUUUCAUCAACUGGAGUGUACCUGAACCCAUAAAGUCUUCCUAUUUGAUUUUAAUUGACAAACAUUUUGGGCUCAGGGAUGUCACUGCGUGACCUUGAUUACUAAAGAGAUCACAAUGUUUUCA